GGCAAAGUUUAGGCUACGGCUUUGUCAAUUAUGUUGACUCCAACGACGCUGACAAAGCAAUCAACACAUUGAAUGGCCUCAAACUACAGACGAAAACAAUCAAGGUGUCCUACGCACGGCCCAGCUCAGCUUCUAUCCGCGAUGCAAAUCUCUACGUGAGUGGCCUGCCCAAGACCAUGAGCCAGAAAGAGAUGGAACAGCUCUUCUCACAGUAUGGGAGGAUCAUCACUUCCCGCAUCCUUGUCGACCAGGUCACAGGUGUUUCCAGAGGAGUGGGCUUCAUUCGUUUUGACAAGAGGAUAGAAGCCGAGGAGGCCAUCAAAGGUCUGAAUGGGCAGAAACCCCUGGGUGCCAGUGAGCCCAUCACAGUCAAGUUUGCCAACAACCCCAGCCAGAAGACAGGGCAAGCGCUGCUCACACAUCUGUACCAAACCACAGCCCGGCGGUACACUGGACCCUUGCACCACCAGACUCAGCGAUUCAGGUGAGACACCUUCCCCGCUCCUUUGCUCAUGGG